AUGGAUUGUUCGAAGUAACAACACCAAAUAUAUGUCAGAGGGUCAGAUUAUUUUGAGAAUUUAAGUAUUCUAAAGAAUGAGUGUAGAAUAAUUAUUACAUUUCUAUACAAACUUAUUAUUAUUUUAAUAAUUAGAAAAACGACUUACACAAUGAAAGUCAUAAUUGCCUUGUUCUUAAUAUCAUUGGUGUUAGCCGAGCCAAAUCUUGUUGGACAAGAAUCAUAAGCUAAAAUUCAUACUUUUUUAGGGAAGGAGAACUGCAGUGAUUGCGAAGUAAAAGGAGGUUCAUAUUGUGAAAUCAGAACAAAUACUUAUGUGUGUUGCAGAAGCGAUGAUCAUUGUCAAAAAGGAGUGGGGUGCUUAUAAGCAUUUACUGGCAUCAUAUGUUGA